UUAUCUCCCGGUAAGACAUAUCGUCUGGAGUCACUCUGCACAUGCUCAGUUUGUUAUGUGAAUAUUGCUAGAAAGGUUUUUUUUUUUUCCUUGGAGAUUGCAUAUAUAGUGAGUGCAAGGUCCAGGGAGACCAGAUAUUGUGAAUGCAGGGUCCAGGGAGACCAGAUAUUGUGAAUGCAGGGUCCAGGGGAAGACCGGAUAUAGUGAAUGCAGGGUCCGGGAAGACCGGAUAUAGUGAAUGCAGGGUCCGGGGAGACCGGAUAUAGUGAAUGCAGGGUCCGGGAGACCAGAUAUAGUGAAUGCAGGGUCCGGGGGAGACCGGAUAUAGUGAAUGCAGGGUCCGGGGAGACC